AUGACUAGAAAUAUCAAUUUGCCCGACCAAUCAUGGAGCUUCCAGCCUUCCUGUCCCCUCGGGCCUAGCAGUGGGAACCUCCCCUCAUGGAGCAAUGCGAACAACGGCUUCGGAAACCAGGCCAUUUUCCAGCAGCCUGUGCAUCCUCUCCCGGUCCAGAUUGCAUAUCCUUCCGCUGGACUGAUCGGCACUUUCACGAAUAAUACGUCGUUGCAGCAAGGACUACAGCAGGUUGUACCCAUUCAAGGUCCGCAUGUUGUUGGACUUGCUCAACCUCAAGGGAUUUCAAUGAACUUUUCGCAGAAUUUCAAUGCGCAGAAUUUUAACGCGCAGAAUUUCAAUGCGCAGAAUUUCAAUGCGCAGAAUUUCGAUACGCAGAAUUUCAAUGCGCAGAAUUAUAAUGCGCAGAAUUUCGAUACGCAGAACUUCAAUGCGCAAAAUUUCAAUACGCAGAAUUUUGUGAACAUCCCACUGGAUACCAACAGCCUGCCUGCUUUCAAUAUCCAGCAGAAUGCAAACGGCAAUCCUGGAACUUCUGCAUUCCAGAAUAUCUCUUCCGACUGCAUCCCGAUUUCUCAGGAUAUGUUGCAGAGAGUCUCUCUUCCGACUCUAUUCCGGAGCGUCCCAGACCUCCCCGGAACAAUCAAGGACAAGUUGGAGCUCCCGGCAUCAGAUUUUGCGUGGGAUGUAGGAGCCAACUGGCCUACUGUGCAGUGUGGUGUCAUUCGUGCAAGCAAGACAUUUCGAAUGGCCUGCCAUCACCCCGACACUGCAAGUUCUGCCGGAGACCUGCUUCCGGACCAACGAGCAUCGUCUGCCCAGGCCACCUGA